AUGGCACGAGGACGUUUAAACAAACAAGGCAUUAGCAAUCUUAUUAACUACUUGAAUGGGGAGUGCACUCCUUCACUCCAAAACCUAUCGGCCUCCCAAUGGUGCCGGUUUAAGACUCGCGCUGAGAGCUUUCGCCUGGACAAGGACACGCUCUAUUACUACAAUGCACGGACUGGCCGCUUGCUCCAGCCCAUUGCUUACGACGAUGAGGAGCAGCUGAAGAGAAUCUUCCAUGAGUUACACGAUCUUCAUAACCAUCCCGACGCCACUACUCUCUAUACGAUCUUGCGAGAGAAGUAUAUUGGGGUUUCACGCAAGAAGCUCCAAGAACUAGUGAUGACCUGUUCGAUUUGCAGGGCUCGGAUAUCACCAAAGCAAACUACUGUUUCGCGGCCGAUUGUCUGCCAUAUGCCCUGGUGGCAUGUGCAGGUCGAGUACAUUGACAUGCGGCUGCAUAGGUCUGCUAAUCGAGGGUAUAGGUGGAUAUUAGUUGUUCUGGAUAUCUACUCUGGGCAUCUAAUCGCGUGGCCUUUAAGGCUAAGAUCAAUGGCCUGUGUGUAUGAUGCACUCCUUCAUAUAUUUAAUAGACGCGGCACGCCGCACAUCUUGCAGACAGCCAAUAGUAACGAGUUUCUUGAUCCGAUGUUCAAGAGUUAUAUGGAUGCACUUGGAAUUAGACACAUGUACCUACGCUGCGAGCGCCUACAAAACCUGGAACAAGUGCGAGAAGCGGCUCGAAUAAUAUUGCAAGCGCUGUGCCAAGAGCAGAGUUCCACCCCCGAUGAAAAUUCAGGCAAUACGUUAAUAAGUUGGUUAGAUCGGCUUGAUAGUGUUGUAGUUGCUUUGAAUCAACAAAAGGGGUAUGCGCCAACUGCCUCCCAUGAAGCAACAGAAGAGCUGGGUCUUGGUUGGAGUAGCGCACAAAACAAAGAGAAUGCUACCGCCCGGCACAAAGCCAGAUAUUCCGACUCCGAAGAAGAUGAGGUAUUUGAAAUAGAGUCUGCCUCCGAUAGCAUAUGUGCUAGCAUGCCGGAAUCAUGUGAGCAAGUACCCAAACCCGACUUAGUAUAUCAAUGGGGAUAUCUAAAUCUGCUGGAUCAGGACUGUAAUGUCAGUGAAAACGCACCACACCCCACGGCCGGAGAUAAGGUGGCAAAUACCAAAAAUCAUAACAAUAAGACGGGUCCAAACAAACAUUGA